GAGUGAAUCGCCAACGAAGAGUAUCGGCUUUAUCUAAGGACUUUGCUUGAGAAUCUGUUCUGGCAAACUGCUGGCAAAGGUUUAAGAGACCAUCUCCAUUAAAUCAGGAUCUGCAGACGAUUGUUGCAAGCUUUGCUCUCCUCCGCACUUUGACGAACCACUGUAACAACUGAAGCCAAUGGCAAAGGAAAGCCUUCCGGAAUGGCCUCCUCAACUCACUGAAGCUCAAGUCCACUCUUUAACCCUCUUAGCAACAACCUAUGCACUCUCUCAUGGGCUCGUUUACCUUCCCGUAGCCUCCGUACAACCUCCAACCCCCACCUCAACGAUUCACGCUCCCUUAUCUCUUUUUCCUUCCCCAGUACCUCGUCGACUUUUUAACCAGGCACGAAACUUACAAAGUCUAUACAAUAAACUCUAUGCUCGCAUCGCGAUGGACGAAGUCUUCCUCGAUCGUGUGAUGGGCGUGAACGGCGUGGGCAAAGUAGACGAGUUCACAGGUGAACUUUGGAAGCGGUGGAAAAGGUUGAGGGAUGAGGGUGGGGUUGUUCAGUCUCUUCAACUAGGAUUAUUCAGAUCGGACUACAUGGUUCAUGUUCCUAGGAAGGACGAACCCGCGAAUUUGAAGCAAGUCGAAUUUAACACGAUUUCAUCCUCUUUUGGCCCACUUUCAGAGCGGAGUUCUCAACUACAUAGGUACUUGCAUGCCUCGACGGGAUAUUAUGGCGCAUCAGCACACCUAACGGCAGAUAAAUUCCCGCCAAAUACUACAAUUUCAGGCCUAGUCGAAGGCCUGGCUGAAGCUCAUCGAGCGUAUAACAUCCCAGACACUCGCAUUCUGUUCGUAGUACAACCUGGAGAACGAAACGUCUUCGACCAACGAUGGUUAGAGUAUGAACUACUUGAGAGACAUUCUAUUCAUGUCAUCAGACAGACCUUCGACGAACUCUCCGCAUCCGCCCACAUAGAGGCAACCACAAAAGCGUUGCGAAUUACACUCGACCCUAGCCUCUUUUCUUCGCCCUCUUCUUCCACCUCUAAUUCCGCAUCAAUAGAGAUUUCUACAAUCUACUUUCGCGCAGGUUACACGCCGACAGACUACCCAACGCUCGCACAUUAUGAUAUCCGAUACCUCCUUGAAAGUUCGCGAGCGAUCAAGUGCCCUUCUAUCCCAUUACAACUUGCUGGAGGGAAGAAAGUCCAAGAGAUCCUCACUAAAUCUGGUGUUUUGGAGUCGUUCUUGCCUGAGGACGAGCACAAGCCCCAUGAUUUGACAGCCAUCCGCGAGACGUGGAUGGAGAUGUGGUCUUUGGAUGAAAACGGUGACUCUGGUGUCCAAAAGGCAAGAGACAAGGCUUUAGAAUUGGUCUUGAAACCUCAACGUGAGGGCGGUGGAAACAACGUCUACAAAGAAUCUAUUCCCGCGUUCCUCGAUACCCUACCUGAGGCUGAACGAGAAGCAUGGAUCGCAAUGAAAUUGAUCAAGACGCCCGAAGGUCUGGGGAAUUAUCUGGUGAGAGCGGGAGGCGGUGGAACGGGGCUGGAAGGUGCGGUGAAGACGGAGGUGGUGAGUGAGUUGGGGAUCUUUGGGUGGGCUCUGUUCGGAGAAAAGGAUGGAGAAAGAAAGGUUGUGAAAGAGAAAGAGGCGGGGUGGUUGGUUAGGACGAAAGGGAAGGAGAGUAACGAGGGUGGUGUUGCAGCUGGGUUCUCUGUCUUGGAUUCUAUCGUGCUUGUGGACUGAGGUCACUGAGUGUAUCUUGAAUUCAGACAACAGACGACAGAAUGCAUCCAGUAUAGAAGGUCGCAUCAUUACACGUUCGGAUCCCACCAAUACAAUUCUCCGAGACACCCUUUCUCUAGUUACGUUCGAUGGCACCUCCUCUCGUUCUGCGUGAGCCCUGUCGCGAUCAUCUGACUGCUACAGGCGCACAGCAAGCCUCUCGAUACAUAUGCCGAGAAAUGUCCUUGAUUUCCCCCUCAUAAAUCUACGCCAGAGAGCUAGCAUCAUGUUCAGGUCCGGGAGACCACCCCACCAUGAUUCUACUAAUUGUGUAUGUCUUUCUAGCAUUAUGUUCGUUGGGAGCGUCAACGCCCAUAUUGUGGGACGGUCGUGCACCAUUCAACU